AUACCGUGUCAUGGUUCAUGAGACAGAGCUACUGGAAGAAACGGGGACAAAGCACACAGCCUUCACUGCAUGACUCAAAAUUCCUUGGCAGUUGAAAAUGGUUGUAACAUAAAAAGAGACUUCAACUUUACCAAGGAGCUGGAGGAAGCUGUCGGUUGUUGAUGCAGCUGCGGGCGACAGGAGCAGAACCUCAGACACAGCCCAGAUAGAAAAGGCCAAAGGAGAGCUCUAGAGCGCACUCCGGGAUGCUGCUUUCAGGGCAACGACGUGCUUCUGACCCAAAGCGCCACUGCUGCCCACUGACCAGUAGAUCCAAGAGGACGCUUCUACCAAGUACGGAGGACGGGAGGAUGAAGCUGUGGCUGCCAGGAGAACAGGUCACACCGCUGUGGAUGCUGCUGUUGCUCUGUGCCUUGCAGACCCCUGCGGGGAGCACUGAGGUUGCUCUCAAAGUUGACCUUGACUUGACGCCAGAUUCUUUUGAUGAUCAAUACCAAGGCUGUAGCAAAGAGGUCAUGGAGGAGCUAAGCCAAGGAGACUACUUCAUGGAGGAAAUAGGCAGUCAUAAGUAUUACUCCAGAGCCUGGCAGAAAGCCCACUUAACCUGGCUGAGCCAAGAGGACACCCUCCCCGAGAGCAUGACCACUGUACAUGCUGUGGCCAUCCUGGUCUACACCUUGAAUCCCAAUGUGAGCUCUGAUUUUACCACAGCCAUGGCCAAGGCUGUGGGGUCUCCUGGGCAGUACCGACAGUCAUUCCACUUCAAGUAUUUGCAUUACUACCUCACAUCAGCCCUCCAGCUGCUGAGGGAAGAGAGAGCCACGAAGAACAGUGACCUGUGCUACGAGGUGCACCAUGGGAUGAAGAACUUGAAGUCUGAGGUCCAUGUCGGUGCCACCAUUCGCUUUGGCCAGUUCCUUUCUGCCUCCCUGCUAAGGGAGGAGACCCAGGUGUCUGGAAACCAAACACUGUUUACUAUUGCUACGUGCCUGGGUGCCUCUGUGCAAGACUUCUCUUUCAGGAAGGAAGUCUUGAUCCCCCCCUAUGAGUUAUUUGAAGUCGUAAGUAAGAGCCGCAACCCCAAAGGAGAGUUGAUAAGCUUGCGGUCUGUUGGGAACCUGAGCACAUACAACUGCCAGCUGUUAAAAGCUUCCAGCAGGAGAUGCACCCCUGAUCAGAUGAUUAUUGCUUGCCUCUUUUUGGUCAGCGUUGUUAUCUCUUCCAUAGACAGAGGGCAAAGGAAUCCGCCGGCUCCUUUUUAAAGGAACUAUUUAAACUUUUUGCUCAUCUUUUGGUUAUCAGAAUCUGAGAUCCACACUUCCCACCACACCACAGAGGACACAGGAGACAGAAGUUGGUGGAAGAAAAUAAGUUUAUUCAAAACCAGCCCUAACUAAGGCAGAAGACACUCAAAUCCCUACUAAAAGAGAUCUAUCUAUAUUGGCUACUUCCUUGUCACUGUGACCAAAACCAGAGGCAGAAGUUCAAGGUUCAAAAGGAAAGUUUUACUUAUAAACGUACAGAACACCAUGGCCGGAAAGGCAUGGCAGCAGGACACACUGGGCACUACUGAUGGACAGGGUACCAAACCUCAAGACCCCCACCCCCAUGACUCACUUCCUCCAGCAAGGCUCCACCUCCUGAAGACUCCACAGCCAGGAAAAUAAAGCCACCAGCAGGGUACAAAGUACCCCAACACCUAAGGAGCUUUAACACUCAAACCACAGCAAGGUCUUAUGUUCAAAGCGCUCUUACAGAGAGACGGGAGUGCAGACAGACAUUGGGCAGAACGUCCUUGACCUGAGCAGGCUUCGUGCUCCUCAGAGAUGUCUUCUUUUCUCUGCCCUGGCAGGAACCUCACAAAGGACCACUCUCCUGCCGCAGCUGUUUAACCAGACCUGGAAAAAGCCUUUAUUCCACUAUUACCCAAGCGCAUGGUAGCCUCUGCCAGGCGCGUUCUUAUCCAAUCAGGACACCACUUGCCUAUGCGUUGGCCGGAGACCCAUGGUGAGAGAGAAGACCACUCAGUUGUAGCCUAUGAGACACAGCCAGGGUUUGUUUUCAAAAUCAGCUUAGGAGCACAGCAGGCAUCUCUUUUUGGGGGUGAUUGGCAGAAGCAGCACCUGUGUGCUUAGCCUUGCUACCAGCCUCCCUGACACAAAGAGAGAAAAAUUUGCCUCCCUGAGAAGCUAAUUCAGUGGAGGCCGAGCUAAGACACAAAAAGAAUUGAGACAGGCAAGAGCGUGUGGUGAGCCCCAGAGCAGAAUGGUGCCUGAAGCUGACGUCAAGCUUCCUCAUCACACGAAUCAAUAAACGAUGCCUUUGCUAACAUAA